UGGCGGUUCACGACGUUCCAGGGGCAACCCAAGUCUUGUUCAUAACCCAUAACAGUGGUUUGUAGCCAAGAGCUCAACGGGGCGCUCCACCCGGCAUCAGCUUUUAGUGGAGCUAACAGGCUGUUUUCUGCCCCACCCCCACUACAAUGACGAGCCUUUUUCAGUAACAUGGUAGAAGUCUCAAUCGUCAAUAUCACCAAAGCCAUGAGCAACUUGUGCGACUGUUGAAAGCUUCCUUUAAUACCAGAAAGCAAACUUAACUGCACCUUCAGUACCCGAAUCAUAACCUCCAACGCAAUUCAAAUAGACUGAGAGUCGCUAUGUCCUCACCUGCCAUUGACCACGCAGGCGGCGAUGGACCUGCCAUCCCUACCAACGACACAACGAACACAGCCACGUCGACGACCGCACAGCUCCCAAGUCUACUGUCACAAAUACCGCUAGAGCACAUCCCAAAUACGCACUCGGUUCAUGCGGCACUCUUCCGCGAUGUCUCCAAUGCUGCACACCUUCACUCGCAGCUUCUAGCGCGGAACCCGGCUUUCGAGUACGCGCUUAUCGACGCGUCGGCGGUGGGGAGCACCGCACAGGUACUUGCAGCUGUUUUCAGGGCCUUGACGGCGCUUCUUGGGGGUGGACUGCGCACGCCGAACGUGCACUCCGAGACUGUGUUCUGUCUUAGCCCCUCAAACAAUAUCACAGAAGCUUACAGGAGAUUCGGUAUCUCACCUACUACCAAGGAUGUCAUCGUUCUCAAGGUCCUCUUUCCAGCCGAGGAGGCAAAAGAUGCCGCGCCUUCGCCUGAGGAUGUUUGGGCACACCUCUGUGCCAACAUUCAAGGCACUGCGCUGCCAUUCACAGACGAAAGCAUCAGUCCUCUGACUGAUUGGGCCAAGGUGCGGAAGUACUACAAGCUUAAUGCUGCUCCUGCACUUGCCGGUCUUAAGGAUGAGGACACCAAGAGGAAGGAGUCUGAAAUGUUGAUCCUAGGAGCCAUGGCUCUGCGGGGAGUCUGAGUAGCCCCGAACAAUGCUCCUCUGUGGAUUUCCGCAUGCAGAGGUCGUUUCUACAUCCUAGACAUCGGUCUCUGCGACUCGACAUUGACUCUUUGUUUGGAGCCCUUGGUAGCACACCGCCGGCACAUACGCGUUUCCACAGCGCGGCGUCUUGUCUCACACGACCUACAGCCACAAAGCUGCGUAAUUAUGGUAGCUCAAAGUCCAGGACGACCACUUCCUUCUCAUAAUCUCGAAAUCGCCUCGUAAACACGGACAGCACUCCGUCGCCGUUGUUCAGCCUUCGAAUGUCGGCUAAGGGCUCCCCUGAUAGGCCACCGCCCUGCCAUAUGCGCUGGUACUUGGCAUAGCCGUGGGUCUUGAGUGCCCUCAGGAUUGUUAGACCUGGAGUGUUCGAAUCCGGGAGGAUAAUUAAAAGAUCGCCAGACUGGCUGACUGCAAGCCUUCCGCGUCUACCAUCCGCAGCCAUCCCAAUCGAGUUUUGUUGCCAUUUUCCUGAAAGCGUAAACUGGUCGGUCAACAACGUUACGGUCGUGGCCAAAGGGGACAUUUAUACCUUUCUCAUGUUCUCUGUAGAAAUGGCGCCAUUCUGCAUGGCUAGAGCCAGGGUCGCACGUUCUAUUCAAAACAUGGACGCCCCCAUCUGGAUCAACCGCCUGGCUUUCCUGAUUCGUCAAGCCAGACCCCUUGGGAAUCUCAAAAACCACCAACCCAACCGCGUCCGGCCUGACCCCGGCCCCCUUGUCAUUUCCCAAAUCUGCCACGAUCUGAUCGUGUGUGUUACGCCAGGUUCGUCCACAGUCAUCGCUGUACGCAUAGCAGAGGUUGUGAUUAUUUUCGGCCCCGUUAGGUCCCGCCUGCUGCUUGUGCUUGGUAUCAAGUGGGUCAUCCCAGCCUUCGUAGUGAACGAAGCCGCGGUAGACCCACGUGACGUGCAGGCGGCCAUUCCGGUCAUCGAUGUCCAUGCCAUGCACAUAAGGGUUGCUCUGCACACCUACAAGGUGGGUACCGACAAGUUCGAAACGCGCAGCCGCGGCGCGGUACACGUACAGAUGGUCAUCACCCAGCCCGGCCUUGCCGGUCCGGAAAGACAUUAGCAUGUCCUGGCCGCGACCCGAGUUGAUGAAGCGCGGGUACGUGACGUAGCCGAAGUGCUCGUGGGUUCUUGGCAGGCCCGGCAGGUGGUCUAAAGUUGGGGUGAAUAGGUCUGCGCUCCAGGUGAACUGGUCUGGGUUUGUGGCCAGACCUUGUACCGAGUGGCGGUAUCUUAGACUUUCAGGUCUCAAAGGGCAUGGCGGGGUGAAAGGGGUCAGCCCUUUCACCUUUUGACCUCGACAAGCAUACUCGACAAUAAAAUUGGCUGGGAGUUGCAAAAAGCUCAAACAAAUCAAGAAAUGAAAUAAGAUAUAAUGAAAGUAUAACUCACACAUCGCAGUGGUGGUCAUAUGAAAGGUGAAUAGUACCGUCCCCUACACAGAUGCCCAUCUGCACAGUAUUAUGUCCGUCGUCAACUGUCUGCGGGUAGUCCUGAAGAACUAAAACCUCCCAGGUGUUCGCCGGGAGUUUGCGGCGGGCCACGUGCACAAAUACGGGCUCUUCGGAUCCGGGCAGGGGGCUGUAAAAGACGGCAUAUUGCCAGCCGGCGAGGGAGACCACGGCAUCCUGUUGAAAAGCGGCGCCAUUGAGCAAACACUUCCGGCGGGGCGGAUCUCGGCCGAGAACAGUGACCACGGGGUCUGCCAGGGUAUUGGUUUCUGGGGACGGCAUCUGCACUUUAUUCCAAUAAACUCUUUGACUUUUUUUUUUUUUUUUUUUUUUUAGAAAA